CUUGCUGUGGGUGACAACGACAAACGGUUUGAGCACGAUUUCAACUUGAAAUCACAAUGAGUGAAGACCUCGACAUUGCACCUAUAGCUUCUAGCAAAAGUGCAACGGAGGACCGCCAAGAAAGCAUGCCAGACGUAGGCCAGGACGACGAGAGGGCUUGUCACGAGAAUAUUUCUACAAUUUCUUCUCCUUUCUUGACGAAUACUGCGGGAAAAAUUGUCUACAUCGAAUUUCUGCUAUCAAGUGACACGUGCCUCUUUUCCAUCGAUUUCUUCACGACUGAUGACGACAGUGGAAUUGCUUUUCACAUGGAAAUACGAUCUGAUGACCAACUUGUAACCUUCAAUUCUGAGAAAGAUAACACUUGGGGACAAACAGAAACAACAGCUCGAUUUCCGUUUGAACAUGGAGGACGUUUCGUCUUGACAAUCGAGACAACAGCUGGAUGCUAUGAGACAAAAGUGAAUGGCAAGCUUCUGUAUGCUUUUAACCAUCGAUGGCCCAUAGAAUCAGUCAAACGAUUUCGGAUGAUUCAAGAGCAAUUGAAAGACGUACAAGUGUCAGUUAAUGGUUCGUGGACUAUCAAAAAUUUGACUAACGUCCGUGUCUUGAUCACAAGCAGGUGCUCCGGCCUCAACCUGCUGGUCAAGAAGGAUGGCAAAACUGUCACAACUGGGACACACAAAAGUGCAAAAGGUUGUGGUCUCAACAAUUCACCAUUUUGUUUAGCUUUGCAUUAUUUCUUAUUCAAUAGCUCAGUUUCAUUUUGCCCAUCGAUGAUAUAGGCGUAUACACGUUACGAAACCUCAGAUAUGACGACAAGUACUUAGCCAUCAUAGAGAAUCAG